AUGUGCAUUUCCAAUAUUAUAACUGUAAGUUGCAGCUAUCUUUGUUAUCUACUAAAAAUUUUCAGUAAAAUUAUUCUUAUUCAAUGUAUAGAAUGUGAUAUUUCUAACAAAAAACAAUUGAGGCAAUAACUUACAAUGCAUUUUGCAUAUUUACAAACAAGUCCAUCUGCAAACAUAUUAGGAUAGAGAAUGUUAAAAAUUCACCCUACAAAAAAAGCAAGGAGCUUGUAACAUUAUGGUUAAGUUGGAUUUCUGCCACCAAUAACGAUCCAGCCUCCGGUGGUGAUAAACAAUCAUAAACUUUAAUUUUCUUUUGAUCUUUUUUCCCAAAAAAUCCAAUUAGAUUCUUGUUUCGUGUACUUAAAGCAUUACUAACAUUACUUACUAACUUGAGCAUCAGAAACAAAAAAAAAAUGAAUAUGAAUGCCUUAUUAACAUUAUAUUUGAUAGUAUUUAGCAGCAACUGGCAAUGAGUAUUGGUGCAACUCUUGUGACAGUGUGCUAGCAGUCUGUAGUGCUAAAUCCUCUGUUGGUUGCAACUUGAAAGUAGUCCAUGGGGAUCUGUAUGUGCUGAUGAGCACAGGACUUGCAUGUAAUCAACGCUGCUUGUGUUUCGCCUUUGUAUUCUUUUUUACGAAAGAGUUACCAAAGGUGCACUUGGUGUCUCUAGGAUUUGGUUCAUGAGGGAGAAGAAGUAUCUUAUCCAUCAUUGUUAUUGCUAAGUUUGUAAUAACAACUUUCUUUGUUUUGUAACAAUUGAUGAUGAAGCUGCACGACAGGAGGUGUGUUGUCAGCUCUGCAGAUUUUACCUGUUCCCUGUUCUGCAUAGUCUUUGGUUUGCUCAUUUAAAAUGUGGUGCUAUAUUUUGGUUUCAUAGGUUAGUUUGAGAAAACUGUUCACAAUCAACAAUUAAUUUGAUUUUGGGGGAAGAAAACACCCUUUUGAGUAAUUCUUAACUGAUUCGCUUGAAGCUGGUGCUCCCUGAUGCACCAUAACCAUUGCAUGGUUACUACACCCCACGCAUCACGCAUUGUUAUAAAGAUUAAGCUUUCCACUAAAGUUGAAAUACUACUUUCUCACAUAAAGUAACUUGGAACAUUUCUAGAAAGUCUGAAAAACAACAAAUCUCCUUUAAACUCUCCCAAAGUUUAGUAUUCACCUAAUUAGGAUAGAACUCCCACAUUCCUACGUAAGGGUAUCUACACCAAACAUUUACCAUAUUUGUAUUUUUCUAAAAUCAGUUUAAUUAUCAUUUCCAAACACGGUUUCAAGAAAUACAAAACCAACCAUCCUUACAGAAGUCCUAGAAUAUGGGUGUUUGAUCCUUAUGGCCUAACCGGAAAAGAACAAUCUGUAAAUCCAGGAAAAGGGACUCUGUAAGACCUUGUAAGCAUCUGACAGGAGUAAAGUAUGUUCUGUCAACUAAAAUUUUGAAUAAGGCAAUAUUUAUGUUCUAUAUUUGUAUAUGGACCAACAUGGCAAAUUCUUUUGACGAUAUGCCACGAAACAAAACCGAUCCAUCAACCAAACUGUAGUGGUAAAAUAUCUAUUUUUUCCUCCCUUGUAUUUGUCUUUUUAAUGCUUUUCCAUUCCAGGAAACUUUGAAGAACAUAUUGGAAAUUGGAUAUCCAAGAGAUGACACUGGAUUUGAAAAUUCGCCUCAAUCAGAGUAUAUUGACCUCCCCCAGUACAGGCGAGCAACACGUGUGUUUGCAGCAACCAUUACUGACCAACAGCUUUGAUUCUGUUCACUCAUCAUUACCUCCUAGCUUUGCCCCACUACUGACAAGCUGUUCAACAGAAAAUUUGAAAGAGGCACCCGAACCAAUGGAAAUAGAAUUCAUGUACCAAAUCAUCAGAUACUUGUUGGAUUCUUUUGAUUACACAACUAGCUCAAAGUAUUUGUUACAGUCAGAACCUACAUCGAGUAAUUUGGUUACACAUUGGAUUGCAGGGCUAUGGACUGCGAAGACGAUCAGCCCAACAGUGCCAUCUAUGUUCAACAAGCUAAUGUAUGAAGUGGCUUGAUGAGAGGUUUACCAGUUCGGUCUUCUCCAUUUCAUUCGACAGUGUGGCCAAUCUAAGAGUGGACCACAUGAAGGAUUUUUAUUUAUUUUUAUGUAUUCAAGACCAUUUUCAAUGUAUUGUUGUAAAUAUUGUAUAUUUUAUUGUAAAGUUAUAAAAUUUUGUUUAA